AUGUCUGCACCACACUUCUGGUCCACACCCUUCCGAUACAUGCGAUGGGCAGCGCAUGAGAAGCCCGCAAUUUUCUUCAGCAUCGUAUUGGGCUCUCUGGGACCUGUUGCUCUCUUUACCCUCCCGCCUAUCCGACGGUAUUUAGGAGACGUGGAUCCCCCGCCAAUUCCAAUGACUUAUCCAAUUCCUCCCGGUCCACGACAAAUCCCGAAGGGAUAUGAUGACGAAUAA